AAUAAACAGCUCACCUGCCCGCCUGCGGGAAACAGGAAGUAACGUGCUCUGAUUCCUGCAGCCUGUUCAGUGUCUGGUUUUAAACUCUGAAUGAAGAUGAAAGAAUAAAAAUGCUUUUUUGUGUGUGAAAACUGCGAGGAAGGGGCUGUUCUUCAAACCCAAACAGAGCUUCUCCUGGUGAGCAAGGAGCUGCAGCUAAACUGAUCUGAGGAGUAAGUGGAGGUGGUUCCUAGGAUUUGGGUCUGAGUCUGUGCUGGUCCUGAGCGGGACCGGGAGCUGUCUAGGUGUAACCCUGCCUCCCACCUGUGGUUCUGCUGCAGCUCCUUCUGCUAGCAGUCAUGCUGGGAAGAUCAGGAACUCUCCGUGGAUGCUACACAUUGGAGUUCUGGCAGUAUCGUGCCCUGUCCUCCCCUCCACCUGAGCUCCACAGAGUCCAUUACCCAGCAGGCAGCAGAAGCAGGAAGUCCCAUGCUGAGCCAGGGGCAGUUCAGCUAAGCUCAGCUCAGAUAAACCAGGUCUUAAAGGCCAACGAGUACAGUCACACCCUCCCCAGAGGCCCCGCUUCUCAUGGAGUCCUGGGUUUCUAUAGCAACACACUCCCAUCCAACCAACCUAGUGAGGAUCGUCGGAGCAACGCCACCUGUCUCCCAGGGCGAGGAGGGGUCCUGUUUGGUGUGUUUGAUGGUCAUGCAGGUUCAGCAUGUGCACAGGUGAUCAGCCAGAGGCUCUUCUACUACAUCACCGUGGCGAUGCUGCCGCUGAAGAUGCUGCAGGAACUGGAGUGGGCUGUGGAGGAGGACCGAGCUGUUCCGCCCCUGCUGGAGUGGCACAAACAUCCCCAAGAUCCCAGCUGCCUCGACGACGGGGCGAUCUCCUUCCAUAGCCUCCGUAACUACUGGCAGGAGAGGCUGGAGGGAGAGGAGGAUGGAGAGCAGGAGGAAGGUGUGACCUCAGCACUGGUUGAUGCAUUCUGCCGUCUGGACUAUGACCUGUCGGUGGAGGCCCAGGCCCAGCUGUUGCAGUCAUCACCCAGAAAAAUGUCCCUCCCUGGGGAGGGGUUGGCCCUGUCCUCUCCCCUCCGAGUGGCUCUGUCAGGCUCUACCACCUGUGUUGCUUAUGUCUCCAGUGGUGUCCUGCAUGUGGCUAACCUGGGGGACAGUCGAGCUGUCCUGGGAGUCCAGGAACAGGACGGACACUGGUCAGCCAUCAGUCUCACUAAUGACCACAAUGCACAGAAUCCAGACGAGCUUCAAAGGGUUCUGGGAGAGCAUCCUCCCUCUGAGCAUAGGACGGCGGUCCGCCAUGACCGCCUGCUCGGUCUGCUGCUGCCUUUCAGGGCGUUUGGUGACGUCCGCUUCAAAUGGAGCCCAGAAAUGCUGAAUCAGCUUUAUGAAAGCGGACCAAAUGUUCGGUCUGCAGUUAGUGGAUCAGUGUGGGGGCUUCCACCACACUACCUGACCCCACCAUACUUGAGUGCUCAACCUGAAAUCACCCGACACCUCAUCAGACCUGCAGACAAGUUUUUGGUGCUGGCGACUGAUGGACUGUGGGAGCUGAUGCAUCGACAGACUGUCAUCCAGCUGGUUGGAGAUCAUCUGACAGGCCUCCAGCACCAGAGACCCAUCAUUCCCAGAGUGGACAUGACACUGGGCAGCUUGCAGCGCCUCCUGCUGGAGAGGCAACGUCGAGUCCAGGCAGUUCUGGAGGACCAGAACACUGCCACUCACCUGCUGCGCCACGCACUGGGAGACGAUGGCUAUGGAGCCGUGGCUCCAAACCGCCUAGCCAAGAUGCUGAGUUUACCUUCUGACCUGGCCCGCAGGUACCGUGAUGACAUCACCAUCACCGUCAUCCACCUGAACGAGCUCUGACACCUGCACGAGGCCCUCUGAAAGCCAGCUGGUGCGUGCAACUUCAAUUCUCCCUCUGAAGAUGGAACAAAGUUUCUGCCUGACAGGUGGUUUUAUCUCGACACCUGCAGAUUAGCCAGCUUCAUCUUCAGAAAUUUGACAUCAUCUUCAUCAAGAGGAUUUGAUCAAAGCAACUCUGUUCCUGAUAAACCGGGCCCUCGUGGGUCUGUUGGAAAGGUUUCUCCAGUCCCUUAAAGAGCGAGGCAGCAGAACAGGAGUCUCUGAUGUUGUUAUACUCAGACCGAGUCCUGAUGGAGCCAGGACCUGAAAAAGCUCAAAUAAACUGAUGGUUGCUGAGUAUUGUAUGGAUGCGACCCCCCUACAGCAGGAGCUCCACAAGGAUGAGUUCUGAGCUUGCGGUCAUUGUUCAGUACACUUCUGCUGGUUAGGAGCGACACAGAUGAAAUGUUAACACACGAGACAAACGCUCAACAGGAAGCUGUAAAGUUCACACAUGGAGAAAUCUUCCCGUCUCAAUGAAUGCUGGAAAGACGUGUUUUCGAUGGAAUAUUCAUCAGAUCAGCCGGCUUUGUAAACGUGUCUAAAUGAAGUCAUAAGAGGUUAGUUACGUAAGAAAUGAAACCUCAAGAGGAAGCAGCUUUAGAUUUUAUGUUUACAUGUUUCUAAUAGAACACUAUUUGUCUACAUAGCCUUUAGCGGUGGAAUCUGGUGUUCUCACAGGUAAAUUCAUCUUUGGUGUGAUCGACCGGGAUUUUUGGUUUAACGAACAUUCCUUAAAUCUGAAGGCAUCUCUGAAUCGCUUCGUCUGAAAACAGCCCAGAUGAUCCGGGUACAGUUCUGUCCAAAAAACAAGCUAACUGGACUCACGAGCCACAAUACAUGCAUGUUUAAUUACAAAAAAUUUGAUUAUUUUUGUACAUGUCAAUAAACAAACAAUAGUUUAAGAGAACAAAGGGUCUGUUCAGAUAAACGCGGAGUGAUCCCUGGAUUUAUCCGGCUUCUUCUACAGUCUCUACCUGAAACGCAAAUGUAAAGAUGGACAUAAGGGCGUUUUUUUAGACAAAAAAUACCGCGACAGAACCCCAGCUUUGAUGAGACUGGUGCUGACUCAGGUUUGUGAGUCUUAUUUGAAAAUAUUUGUUGUGCUGCUGGUUUGCCUAAAGUUAGCUUACUAUCAGGUAAAGUUGUUGGAAAAAGAAAGGGAAUAUUUUCUAUCAUCUCACACUAAACACUAACAGGAACAAUACUCUGCCCUGAAUAUGCUUAAUAUGUAGCUUCAGAUUAAAAAUUAUGUAGUACAAGACAAAUAUAUAUGAUGUUGACUAGUGCGUGUCACGUGUGUGCGCACAUGCGCGUGUGUUAAGCCCCAGAUCUUCUUCAGUCCUAAAUCCGGGCCUGGGUAUAGCAGUGCACAGUGUGCAAGAGAAGCACCCCAUGGCAGUGUGAGAUGUUUAGGACUCGGCCUGCAGCUGGAGAGAAACUGCUUCAAGGCCUACCACAUCCAAUAAAAACGUCUGAAAGUUUACAAAAAUAAAUGGUCUUAAAAACUGCUAGAAAAGAUACCAAGGUUCAAACUUUUUUAAGAAUAGAUGCAUUACAGUUCAAAGUUUAAAUUGUUCAUCCCAAAUUGUUUGCGCAAGUCAUUUUGAAGUUCCUGUUCAGUAAUAAUUGUAAAAAAUUCCAAUCCAUUUUUUGCUUUUUUCACUUUUAUGCUGAUUUUUUUAAAGGCUUUAAUAGAAACAUUCUAAAUACAAACCAUACACUGAAAGCUGAGGUUGUUCUGAAAAAAGAAGUUACACACACUUUGCACUUUUUAUUACAAUUUUACAGCCAAAAGAUUAAAAAAAAUACCGGGCGGCCCCGUUAUAAUUAUGGUCAUAAGAGGGUUAUUAAGACGGCGAUGCACAAACAGGAAGUGAUUGGUAGUCAUUCCACUCCAGUCCAGUUGGUGGCGGUAAUGCACCAAAUUGUUGUUUGCCAAGUGUCAUAAGACCACAAAUAAGAAGAGAGGCGGGAGUGUUCGUAACAAACUCAACGCGAUAGUCAAACCAUUAAGCAUGAAAUGGAGUUAUCCUAGUGGCUCCAAUGAGAGAAAGAAGCAUCAUGCUUCAUAAAAGCUUUUAUUUUCACUUCUGAAAGUGACGUCGUUUUUUGAUGUAAACAUCAAAAGGAAGCAGAAAGGAAAGACAAUGGAAAACGUUUAAAGGGAAGAAAAUAGAAAAAAAUAACUAAGGCUAAAGCACAGGAGCACUGACAGGAAAAAGAAAGCAGAGCAAAUUUUGAAAGCGCUCAAAGGGAGGGAAAUACAGGAAAAAAGAGGACCAAUAAAAAGGGAAAAUAACUCAUGUCAGAAGAGGAGAGUUUCGCAAAUCCAGUUAAAGGUAAGAUUGUCGAAAAUGUUGUGUAAGGGGCCCCAUGACUGUUCGCCUUGGGCCCUCAAAUUGCUAAAUCUGCCACUGGCUCUGGCUGGUAAGCUUGGAGCUGCAUGAGCGUCAGCUUCCAACCAGCACUCACUACAGAUAAACCAUAGGCUGUCACAGAGGAAAUACUAAUGAGGCAGUAAACUGGAUUUUACUUACAGAUGCACCCGGCAUAUCGCCACCUCAAACACGCUCAGUGCUGAGGGUUGGAAUUAGAGAGCAGGUAUCUGCCUCUUAUGAAGGCAGCAUGCCCUGCCCCAAAAUCACCAGAAUGUCAUCCACCUGGACAAAUCUUCAUGAACCAAAUUGUUCAUCCUACCACACACGCAUGUAUCUGGUCCACUAGCGUGUUUACACAUUUCAGAGACUUUAUAACAUGGACCUGGUCCUUCAUUCUCCUCCACCUGACACCUCUUCAUGCAGUCACCGCCUCCAAACCCAAGUUUCCCACCUACAAAUAAAAUGUUUGCUCUGUAUUUUGUACGCCUUCACUCACGGGUGAAUAAAUGUUCUUAUUUUCAGACUUUAUCCAUGAUCUACGAUCUGUUGUGGGUCUGCGGCUAAAUACCUUUUUACUUUUUAAAGGGGCAACAUCGGUGCUAGUGACAAAUUUACAGGAAGCGGCAUCCUGACCAAUCACAAGCUUGCAGUCUCCGUCACGUUUGACGAAUGUUUAAAAAAUUGGGCAUGUCUCCGUCACCUUCGUCAGCCCGUCGGGGAGCUCUUGUGCUGAAGCAUAAUGGCGUUACAUCCCCGCACAGACGCAGACGUAUAAACCAGGCUUUACCAUCCUUGAACUGCAGCAGUGGGCCGCAAAUAAAACCCGGGGCUGCAAAUGGCCAGUGAGCCACCAUUUGGAGCCCCGGUCUAGCAGGUUUCAGCAGUCCGUUUGUCCUAAAAGCAGCGAGAAGACGUGUCCACUGUAGUCUGCAGAGUUCCUGACCAGACUUCAGCGUGUCACCUCGUCUUUAUGGGAAAGUUUCAGAUCACAUUUCUGAUGUAGCUGCUGACGGGGCAAUGUAGCAAAGAAAAAAAAAAAGAGGACUUUUUAAAACCCUCAUAGGAGGAUCUGCAAGUCACCAUGACGAUCAUCUUCUGAAUCUGAGAUGUUAAACACGGUGGCACAAUGGUUUCU